AAAAAUUCUGUGGACUUUCCAGUCCUGUUAAUUUAGAACAGUACUUAUUGACCUACAGUUCAGUCAGUUUACGGUCUGACUAUAUUGGUCGGUUUCCGAUUGUAGGCCUGUAUCGACCUAUAAUACAAUUACUCUAUGACAACAGUGGUAAACCAGGCAGCACUAUACGCUAGCCCGACAGUAGGUGUAUUUUAAUAUACAUUGUGUAGGCUUUUGUACACCAGAGAAAUGAGAAAUGUACGUGUUCUAGAACUUGUUUCCUGCUUCCUUGUUAGCGUUGCCUACAUUCAUGCUGGCUUCGCAAAUGAGCUAUCGAUUGGCCAAGAUGUUGAUCUCGGCCGCUCGUGCAUACCAAAGUGCGAGAAACUGAACCCUAAGAUAACUCUACCGAGAACAAAUGAAACCAUUCUUCACAUAGGCGAUAAACUUACAAUAGAAUGCAACGUAAACAAGACCUUAAUGAACGAAGAUCACUAUCCAAUUCAGAUGUGGUUGUGUCUCGGCUAUGAUGAUAUAUGCGUUAGCAGACCGUCUUCAGAGUGUCCCGACACCGAUCCGGGUGCUCUUAUAAUUUGUAACGAAAGUGAGAGUGGCAGCAAUGCCUUUAGUAUAAUAUAUACUAAAAGUAGGGUUCGCCAUAAUGACAGUGGUACUUACUACUGUGUAGCUGAUACGAGGGAUGCUAGCUUCAUCGCUAAACCAAGCUAUACCAAAACCCAUGUUACUGUCAAAUAUUUUCCACUGAAAAUUGAAAUUGUUUCACCUACUAGCAAGUAUGAACAUAUCAGCGGAGAAGACAUAAUAAUUGAAUGUCAAGUCAGUAAAGUCAUAUUACAGAAGGAGAAUCUCCACAAACUGAAAAUGUGGUUCUGUGAUAAACACAGUAGUGAAAGUUGUCUUAAUUCCACUUAUUGCCUAAGACAUGGACUAAACUGUACAACAAGCACCAGUCCAGACAACGCCUCUUUGUCAGCAAUGCACAUAAUAAAGAACGCAAAGGUCGAAGACAGCGGAACGUAUUACUGUGUAGCACAAGCUGAGGAAGAGUAUAUCAUGCCAAGUAUUGUAAAUGUAUCUGUUGAAGUCAAUAUUAAAGAUAAGAUUCCUUUGAAAUUCCAAAAAACAUCAUUGAAGUCGAUUGUGACGCGACCAGCGAACAAUGUUGACCUCAUCUGUCUUUGCAAUGGUUAUCCCGAGCCGUCGAUCACGUGGUAUCAGGGUGACCAAGUGAUACAGAACGGAACUAAGUGGUAUAGUUUACAUAAUAUUUCAAACACAAAUGAAGGUGACUAUUACUGCGUGUGCAAGAACCGCUUAGAACAUAUCACAUUUACAACGACAAUUGAUGUUAAAGACAUUCACGGUACCCGUUUACGACUGGCGAUCGCUGCUAGUCUCGGAGGAGUCUUUGGAGUAAUCGUCAGCAUUGUUGUGUGCUGCAUUUCUAUGAAGUGCAGAAAGAGGCAAUAUUCCUGAGUAACUUUAGGAAGAACAGUUUAGUUAUGAUGAAGCAACGAUGAAGUUCUGAACUUGCUGAGAGAACAUUAUUGUCAAGAGAAGCGAGGAUUAGUGGAUUGGAAAUUAUGUAUGAAGUAAACAAGUUUGUCUUCGCUAUUAAGUUAUAUAUGUUUAUGUGGAUAUACAGUCUACAGAUAUCAUGUAUAUUACAUUCAGUUAUACUGUAUAUUAUUUUAUCUGUGUAUUAUAAGUUGAAGAAAUAUAUAUGUAUUUUUGUAUUCCGUAAAAUGUAUUGGUAUUUGCGUAAGGUAAAUCAGGGGGGUAAAGCUGCAUUCACACCGAAGCCGAAUUCGGUUCGUAUGGCUAACGAAACAAAAAAAGAAUAUCAGUGGUAAAGAAUAGAGGCGCGUACUAAGACGCGCAUCGAAACACGAACAUGAAUUAAAAACCCUAUAAGUGCAGCCCGCCAAGCAACACUGGCUAGAACGCAACCAUGUUUUUUUUUUGUUUUUUUGUUUUUUUUUGUUUUUUUUUUUUUACGGCCCGACACCUAUCAUAUAUUAACAACGUUAAAAUUGAGAAUAAAGUGGUGUAAAAGCAGUACUUGGAGGUUUUUGAAAGCUCACUGGAAACAUCAAAGUUGGGUGCGGCACUCACACGUUUUUGUCAAAUAAUUUUUAAUAGACUGGACAGGGUUUUAUAGUUGAUCAUUUCAAUUACCAUUGUUCUAAUAUUUUAAGCGCUAUUUUUGUAUCAAUAAAAUUAAGAUCAUCAUCUUAAUUAAUUACUCAGGGAUUAUUUUUCUAGUUUUAAAUGUCUGUAAUUAAGUAUCCUUAGCAAUUUUUGUAAUAGUAUUUUAAAAAAAGUAUUUAACCAUCGUCCUAAGUUACUCAAUUUAAACAAAUAAAUUUCAAGAAAGACACUACAAAAUAUGGCUCGAUUCGAUCAAACUUGGAAUAGUCUUCAUGGAGACUUUUUUUGUCGUUUUUUCUCGCAUCUUGUUUAAAAGUAAAAUUAUAAAUAAUUUUUAAAAUUGUAAUUUUUAAUUUAUUUUGUAUUCUCUUGCUAAAAGGAAUAAACUAAAAAAUAGAAUUUAAAAAAUGAAAUAAUAAUGGUGAUAAUUAUAAUGAGGUUAAUGUUGAUGUGCAUAUUAAUAAUGUCUAAUUAUGUUCUUCUAACAUGACGAUUAUUUAGUGUCAAUGUUAAUAAAAUUAACAUUGUUGACUGUGUUUUAUAUUAUGAAUUGAUUUUAGCGAAUGUUUAAGAUGAUAACGGAACCUUAAAAAAUGUUAAAAACCUUAACAUAAAAAUGAUUAAUAAUAUAAAUUUGUACUACAUCAAAAUUGAAAAUAGAUACUUUAAUAGAAUGUUAAAUUUCUGCAUCCAAUGUAAGGAUGUUAGUAGGAUUAUUAUUAUUAUUAUUAUUAUUAUUAUUAUUAUUAUUAUCAUUAUUAUUAUUAUAUUUAUUUGUUUAUCUAUCUGUCUAUAUUUUAUUUUAUUUUAUUUAUUUUCUUUAAUAUAUCUAUUUCUUUGUUUCUUUAUUCGUUCGUUUGUUUGUUUAUUUAUUUAUUUACUUAAAACAGAUUGCGAUAUAUAAUUUCCAUUUCCGGAAUAAUUUAAUUUAUUACAACAAUGAUUCAUUAAGUUGCAUUAUGAAAUGACAUCAUAAUGUCAUCAAUAUUAUUAGUACAGGCAUACUGAUGAUAAAGGCUACCAAAUUUAAUAUCUUGUGAGUUAUCAAGGUGACUCACUUUCCAUGAUUCUCGUGGUAGAUAAUCUUUGACUCAUUCUCCAUUAUACAGUAUUACGUAUCCGUUUGUUGAGAUCAUUUUAUUUUCACUAUGUCUUAAUCUCUUCUUAUCGAGUCACUACGUAGCUAGUGUGUAUGAUCUAGCUUACGUAGUGUGGUAGAAGGAUUCGCAGGUAGGAUGAUACCUGACAUGGGCCUCGGCGUAAACGCCCCUUCUGUGGCCGGACAGGGGCUUCUUUCAAAACCUUUUAAUCAAAGCUCGACCACGCCCAUAUUGCUUUCGUCAGUUAAGUCUGAGCCCUCGUCGGGGGAAUCAGCCCCCCCCCCUCGGGCAAAUCCUGGCGCCACUCCGGUGAUGAAAAGAGGUGGUACAUUUCAAAAUGGUCAUGCAACAAUACUUUGUGUUUUGUAUUUAUUAUUGCGUAUACAGUACAGUAUUUCUAUGUAGGCUUAUCAAUUAAAUACAAGAAAGAAA